AUGAGUUCUCAAGCCUCAGCUCCCUCGCACGCCACGCUCCCAAUCGCGAUCUCGCAUCCGAUUGUGCGCGAGGCGUCCUCUGGCUAUUUCGGCUGGCCCAGCGGAUCGCCGUCGUCCUGUAAUGCCUCUUCGCCAAACCCUCCAGGACUUUCUUCUCCUUCGUCGUCUAUCGACUCCGAUUGCCCUCUCUCUCCACUAGAGACCGACUCGCCAUCUGAUCGUCCUGUACUCACCUGGAGCACUGCCGCAUAUGAAGCCGCUGCAGGAAUUCAUUACGUUCUAGAGCCCUUCCCUCCAGUUGGCUCAACAGUGAUUGGGCCCCCGUAUAGAAAUGAGCCUUUGAGAGUAGACGCGGACGCGCAGAUUCUGGUCCUGGAAGAAGUGGGAGAGCAUGCGCUGCGUGUACGUGUCGUAGAGACUGGCGAGAUAGGACUAUUACCCGCUUGGGAUAUAGAGGGCGCGUUGGAACGCUUGGCGAGGCUGAAUAUGGAGUUUAACGAAGCGGCGACAUGCCCUGCCGAAAGGAAGAACCUAGAGAGAGGUCGGCAGACAUACAUGUCUGGUGUAUCGUCAUCGCUUGCCCAUAGCCACGAUCGCUGCAUUUCGUUUUCCGAGCGGCUCACAUAUCAGAUUCAUGAAGACAGUGAAGACGAUGACCACGAGUCUGUGAAUGUCUUUGAAAUAAAGAAAUCUUCUGCUCUCGUUACCUCAAAACGCAAGGCCAAGUCGGUCGGAUUUGCAUCUACCGAGCGGGGGAAAGUGUUCAGAUAUCCCUCAGAAGCGCUCAUUCACGCAUACUACGGUGAACCUGAUGAAAAUGAACAGCCGCAAGAGAGGGACGCAGAGUGGUGGUGGGCAGGCUGGGAGUCGGAAGACGAGAUAGAUGAUUGA